CCGCCUCAGUCAGCCCCGCCUCAGCCAGCCCCGCCUCAGCCAGCCCCGCCUCAGUCAGCCCCGCCUCAGCCAGCCCCGCCUCAGCCAGCCUCACCAGCCCCGCCUCAGCCAGCCCCGCCUCAGCCAGCCCCGCCUCAGCCAGCCCCGCCUCAGCCAGCCCCGCCUCAGCCAGCCCCGCCUCAGCCAGCCCCGCCUCAGCCAGCCCGCCUCAGUGCCCCGCCUCAGCCAGCCCCGCCUCAGCCAGCCCCGCCUCAGUCAGCCCCGCCUCAGCCAGCCCCGCCUCAGCAGCAGCCUCAGCCAGCCCCGCCUCAGUCAGCCCCGCCUCAGCCAGCCCCGCCUCAGCCAGCCCCGCCUCAGUCAGCCCCGCCUCAGUCAGCCCCGCCUCAGCCAGCCCCGCCUCAGUCAGCAUUGCCUCAGCCAGCCCCGCCUCAGUCAGCCCCGCCUCAGCCAGCCCCGCCUCAGCCAGCCCCGCCUCAGCCUCCAGCCCCGCCUCAGCCAGCCCCGCCUCAGCCAGCCCCGCCUCAGUCAGCAUUGCCUCAGUCAGCCCCGCCUCAGCCAGCCCCGCCUCAGCCAGCCCCGCCUCAGCCAGCCCCGCCUCAGCCAGCCCCGCCUCAGUCAGCCCCGCCUCAGCCAGCCCCGCCUCAGUCAGCAUUGCCUCAGCCAGCCCCGCCUCAGUCAGCCCCGCCUCAGCCAGCCCCGCCUCAGCCAGCCCCGCCUCAGCCAGCCCCGCCUCAG